CGAGUGGGUGGUUCCAGCUGUCGCUCACAUCUCUCUCUCUCUCUCCACUCACUCAGUCAAAUCUGAUACACUUCGCAUCAUUAACCUGAAAUAGCAGAGGUAGUGCAACUUUGGGGUCCUUCACAGCAGUGACCGGGAAAGUGUCUAAUAAUCGGCAGUUGACGUUUUUAACCCUAGACGAGGUUUUUGUUUUAUUGAUCUGAGAGAGAACCACCUCACCUCUAUCGGGAGUGCAGACAGACCAAUUGCAUCUUGUGGUCGUUUUCUUUCUUUUAAAAAGGUCGCUAACAGGAUACAAACCUACUAGACUGAAAAUAUACAUAUAUAUAUUUUUUUUAAAUCGUUUUUAUGCCUGUUCUAUUUCUCCCAUCGUAUCCGUUGCGCUAGGUUCAGAUUUUCUUUCUUCAUUUUUAACAGGUGCCGUACCUUAUUUUGUUGAGGUCCGGGAUAGUUGUUGCGUUGUUUGCAACAAUGUCGAGGGACACUGUUCAAAUCCCGGACGAUUUGGCUUUUACCAGUUUUAAAAAUGAAUGUAACUCCGAUGAAGGCUGGAAUGUGACUUACAACAAAUCCGGGACUACCGUGUGGAUUCAGGGACUGGACGAAGAGAAAUCGUUACACAAAAUAAAGUGCCGGAUGGUGAGUAAGGAUGUUUCCAGCAAUACCAUGUACGACGUCCUCCACGACACUGAGUACAGGAAGAAAUGGGACAGCAACGUGAUCGAGACCUUCGACAUUGGCAAGCUGACCGUGAACGCGGAUGUAGGAUACUACUCAUGGAAGUGUCCCAAGCCUCUGAAGAACAGGGAUGUGCUCACCUUGCGCUCUUGGCUGCCCAUGGGAGACGAUUACAUCAUCAUGAACUAUUCUGUAAAACACACUAAAUACCCGGCGAAGAAGACCAUGGUCCGUGCAGUUUCAAUUCAGACAGGCUACUUCAUUCAGAGCAACGGACCCAAGAGCUGUACCCUCACUUACCUGGCACACGUGGACCCUAAAGGCUCAUUACCAAAGUGGGUCGUCAACAAGUCUUCCCAGUUGCUGGCCCCCAAAGCAAUGAAAAAGAUCUACAAGGCGUGUCUCAAGUACCCCGAGUGGAAGCAGAAGCACAACCCUGGCUUCAAGCCCUGGCUGUACCCAGAGCAGAACCGGCUGCAGAGCAUCCCGCUGUCUGAGCUGAGCAUCCAGCACGCUGACUCCCUGGAGAACAUCGACGAGAGCAGCCUGAGCGAGGCCAAGGAAGAGCAGGGCGAGGGCAGCGACGAGGAGAACACCAACUGAGACCUACACACACAUACACAGCCCCCCCCCACACACACACACACACA